AUGACGCACCGGCGAACGAGAGACGCUGCACCGGAACUGGGACCGUCUGAAUGUAAAUAUUGUUGACUUAUUACUUUCCUCAGUUGUACAUAUUAUUAUGUAUAUUCUGUUUACGUGUAUUUCUCCCUUGAUGUCGAUUGUACUUCUACUGUAGGUUUUUCCACCAAUAACCGGCUUCACCGAGGCAGAUAAACACAUAAAACAUCGGAGUUAUUAUGUUAUACGAUCGUUUCACUACUAUAAUUUUGCAUUGAUUUUAUUAUUUUGAACAAUACAAUUUUUUCUUUUGUAAGAAAACCGUGACCUAAGGCCCUCCACCCCAGACAUAUUAUUUCUCUAAUUUUUUUAUCCUGAAUCCUGAUAAUACUGUAAUAUUAGUUUAAACAAAACACGACUUUUCUCAAAAAUUUGAAUGUACUGUUGGAUUCUAUCAUUGAAUUUCGGAUGAGUCCAGAGCCCACGGACCGCUCCCCUCUGGCAACGUGUUUGCCACUAGAGUAUGUCAUCACUAACGUUGAAAUUAGGAAAUUGACAUAAACGUUCAUCUAAUAUUUAACCGUUUUGGAAAAAGCGACAAUGUGAUAGGGUGUUGGGAUUUUUUUAUUCAAAGUAUAGGUAAUUAAUUAUACUAUGUGUGUAUUUUUAAAAUUGAGAGUAACGUGUAUGUUGUUACAAAAUAGUGAACUCCCAGGUUUUUACUCCGGAUCUGUGUCUGCUUAGUAACGUUACCAGCUAUUCUGUUUUUGAUAGAUUUAUACAGUGAGAUUCGUUUCUUAAUUUUUUUUUUUUUACCGAUUUAAAAAUGGUUAUUAGGUAUAAAAAUAAUUUUCAAAAACCAUUCAUUUGAAAGAAUAUUACGUCAGCAGAGCGAUCUCUAAUGCUAGUUCUAUUUUAUCACGGACUAUAUUUGAUGCAGACAUAUUUUAGAUUCUGAGUGGGGUGAGGAAUGUAUUGGUUUUAUAACGAUGUUUAUUUAUUUAUUUAUUUUUGGCUUUGCAAAACUUUUCUAUCAGAAAUUUUGCUCCGAUUUUUAAGUGUAGUACUUUUUCCGAAAGGAAAUUGGACUGGAUUGGUACUUUAAAGAGACCAUUUUUUAAUUUUCCCAGGAGUUAUCGGAAAAACUGGUAAAAUUUACGAAAUGUAUCAUUUCCAAAUCGUAAAUAUUAAGGCCUUUCAAAACAUGUACAACUGAAUUUUGCUCAGAAUCGUUUUUCGUUAGUAAUAGUUAAUCGCCGCGUACAGAUAUAAAUUAAAUCUCCUCUCUAUUUACCCAACUUUUCGCCGACAACAGUAGCCCACCCAUCGUGCGAGGUAUGUCCGUUUGUUUUUUAAAUGUAAAUCCAGUAUUUUCAGUUUUUAAAUACCUACCUAUAACUAUGGUUAAUUCGGUUUUUUGGCACUUGCACGUUUGUGUGCGCUGUACACAAACCAUACCAGUUGCAACGAGUGUAAUAGUAGUGGCAUGGGUCAUGAAACGUACAGGUCUGUGACAUGGCUGUAAUCAUAUAGUAUAUACAAUACACUGAGAAUAACUUGAUAAGAUGACAUAGAUGCUGUGGAGGUUUUGUUGAACCACGUUGAUAACCACAUUUGCAAUCUCAUUUAUUUGUUCGUUAGAAUUCUUUGAUUUUGAUUUUUCUUGAAAUAGUUUCCCGUGAAACCGGUUUUAAAAUAUUUCAAUGCUAACCACACGGAAUUGAAUGAUGAUAAUAAUAAUAAUAAUGUGUACAAUGUACGGCCCUAAAGCGGCACGGCGUACACUCAUCCCCGAACCAUUCGUAAAAUUUAUUUUUUUUUUACCUACCUAUGAAUCCUACUAUUAUAAAACAAAAUGUCUUUAAUGAUUUGUUUCUUUUUUUUUUUAAAUUCAUAUUUUGCUGAAUUUCGAGAAACUUAUACAUUUGUAAUUCGAGUAAAAAUAGUGUAAGUAUUAUGUUAGUAGCCUGUGUUGAUAUCCCUAGCCCAGAUUCUGCACCUGCUCUAAUAACCCUCUAGUUAUGAGCAUAGCUAUUAUGGCUUAAAAUGGUUAAAAUCAAACCUGAUGUACCUACUUACAUAAACUAAAGGGCGUAUUUUUAAUUUCGGCUUCGGGUGGCCCAUAGUUAUAAUAGUUACGUUCUUAGACAUUUUUUGGAGAGGAUUCAAUAUGAAAUAUGUAUGUAAAUUCUAAUCGCUUAACUAUAACGAAAUGAUAAUACAGCAAUAAUUAGUUUUUACGUAUGAUAAAGUUCAUCAUAUAAUAGAUACCUUGCUUUUAUCGUACUUAAUAUAUACCUAGCCACAGCUUGGAAACCUAAAAUCACAACGGUAUGUCUACCUAUAGAGUAAUGUUGCCACCGCAGGAGCAACCGAAGCAGUUUCCUCCGGGCGUACAAUGUCUUAUUUUUUUUCGGGAGCUUACAUGCGUAGUUAGGUGUGCUGGUGAUUUUAAAAUAUUUGAUAAACAAAUUAUGGUCAAAACCGAAUCAGUAUAAGCGUGCCCGUAAAGCAGGCCAAAUAACUAUAAAAAAAAAUAGUUGUUCAUACCAAUUUAAUUGUCAUCUGCAGUGGCCAGUGACAAACUGAUAAAGCUAAUAAUAUUAGAACCAUAUUAAUGAAAUAUGCAUAGUAAAUUUAAUCAAUGACCAUACUAAACAAUUAUUACUAUAUACAAAUUAUUUCGUAUUUUUAUGAAAAUGAGUUAGAUAUGUAUGACAUAUGAAUACAAAAUACAAAUAUAUAUGUACAGUGCUCAAAUUGGGAAAAUUAAAGUAGAGAAAUGAGAAACUCUGCGAAGCCAUAAAAAACGUCAAAAUUCCACUUAUAAGACACUAUACUAGAACAGUAACUGUUAUAUGACCAUGGCCGUUUCUUUUAUCAAUUUAUAAAUGUCGACGUUUGUUAUAUAAAUCUCAAUAAACAACUAUAAAAUAAAAAAAAAUAAAAUAAAUGCAUAAAAUCAAAAAAAAAAAUGUUAAUGUUAUAUGCCCACCAUCCUAUCAUUCCAGUGUGAUAAAAUAGUAGGAGGGGUGUACAAAAAAAAUAAAUUGUAGAGGAACUCCUCCAUUCGAGCACUACCUAUUUAUAAUGUGAAAAAAAAAAUAAUAAUAAUAAACAUAAUAACAGCCACAGCACUGUAAGUUUUGGUUACAAAUAGUAUAAUUCCUAUUUUCUAUUAUAUUGAGGGCGAAAAAAUAAUUCAUCUUAACUUAACUUUGUUGAAGGAACAUUUAUCUAAUUCGAAUUUUUGUUUUUGCUCCUGAGGAGAUGUUACAUCAAACUAGAGUUUCAGUAUGCUCUUUUAAAACAAAUAUGCAAAUGCUUAAAGUUCCGAGCCUUGAUUACUUAGGUAGGUACCUAAUCGUUAAAUGUUUUUGAUAUUUUAUUUUACUGGUAUAUUUUAUCAAACUGACGAUCUGGGUAAAAUUCUAAUGAAUUUUCAAAAUCUCUUAUAUAUUUUAUUGGUACAUUUUCCUCUUCAACAAAAUUAAUGAAAUCAAUAAAAUAUAUAAGAGAUUUUGAAAGUUCAUUAGAAUUCAUCUAUUUCUAUUAUCUACAUCUAUUAUUGAAAGAAGUCAUCGAUUUUAACUUUAUAAAGGUAUUAUGUAUUUAAUUAUCUUAUAGUAUCUUCUAGGUGCAUUAUUUUUAUCAGCAUAGUGCACAAAGUUUAUAAAUUCGAUUAUUUCAUCUACCAGGUGAUCCAUUUAAGUGAGUACACUCAUUAUCUCGGAAAAUAUUAACUUUUCUGGAAUUUGUUUUCUAAAAAAUUUAAAAUCAAGCAGCUAUACAAUUUUAUAUUUAGGUUAUUUUUUUGUCAUCCAAAUUUUAGGGGGUUAAAUCAGUAGUUACUUUUGAUUUACAAAUAGCAACCUAUAUUAAAAAUUCCUUAAAUAGAUGGAUUAUUAGUUAAAACAAAUUAUAGAGUUGACAAUUGUGAUUUCCGUCGAUCCGUUGACGAGUUAUUCCACUUUUAAGUUUGGAUUGGAGGAGAGUAGUGGAGUAUCAUUUGUGUAGAGGCGCGCAAGGUGUUGAUAAUGCUUGAUUUUACCCUCAAAAUUAUGGGGGGAAAAAAACAUAAAUAUAAAACUAUAGAUCUGGUUGUUUUUUAAAUUUUCUAGAAAUCAAAUUCUGAAAAAAAGUUAAUACUUUCCGAGAUAAUGAGUGUACCCACUUAAAUGAAUUACCCGGUAUAUUGAAGUAAGUAGUUAGGUAAUUGUUUACAAAUUAAUCGAUUUAAAAAAAUAGAUUAAUCAUUGCAAUCAAUCAAUUGCAGAUUAAUCAAUCAAUAUAAAAUAUUUUAAGAAUAAUCGAUUUUUUUUUUUUGCCGCACCCUUAGGUCUAUUUUAAGUGAAACCUUAUGGAAAUUGUACAGAAAUAUGCUUAGGUGACUAUUAUAUUAAUUUUAGGUAACACUUAAACAACUACGCAUACGAGUUAUUAUAUAAUAAAAUUAACAUAAGAUUAUAAUUUAAAUUAUAAUUAAUUCUAUAAUUUAAAUUUUUCUCAAGGAGAUUUUGUCUACUCAUAAACAAAAUGUACAAUACGAAUUUAUCUAUCAGUCUCUCAUUAAAAAUAUCGAGAUUAUUCACGAAGUCUGAGCAUUAAUUCUUUUAUUUCCAACAAUUGAAUCACACAUAUAAAUACAUACAUACACACAUACAUUCCUAAUCUCCUAGGUGGGAGAACCGGGAACUAUAAUAUGCAAAAUACAUAAACCGCGAAGUUUAUUAUUAUGAACUAAAAAGCAGUUUAUUUUUAUAACAUCUUUGUAUUAUAAUAUUAUUUUACGAAAAUACAGAUGUUACGUAACAUGAUUCAUUUAAAUGAUCAGCUUUAUUUGGCGACCGUCCAUCACUAUUCACUACCAUUAUGGUAUACAUACUGCAUAAUAUAUUAAUAUUAUAGGUAAGUACAAUGUUCUCAAUCAAUUCGUUUAAAUUAUUAUCAUUGAUUACUGAUUAGUAAUGAUUCUAUACCAUUUCCGAAAUUGAUAUGCGUAUCAAACAUUUUGUUAAUUUUCGUAUCGUCAAUGAUAAUCGGUUUUGGUUUUAUUUAGAUUACAGAAGAAAAUCGAGAAUUUUACUCGAAUGUACAAAAAUACAUGUUUAGGUAUCAAAUAAGUACUGUUUGGCACCUGCCGUUAUUAUGCGUUUAGAAGUUGUACACCUCGAGAAAAAAAUUUCAUCUCACUCUCGUAUCUAAAUCAGGGACAGAUCCAGGACUACAUAAUGGCGAAGUUAUUUUCUCAUAAGUCAUUUAACAAAAAUUAUUAUUGGUUUUUCCAUUCACGUUAUUGUUUUCCUUUUCAUAGUAUGAAAUAAAAAUGUUUUUCUAAAAAUAUAUUUUUGAUUUUUAAGUAUCUGUAAACGUAUAUUCUGAAGAUUAUACACUAUUUUAUUAUACUACCAUGUUAAAUUAAAUGAUUAAUAACUAAAUAAUUGUAUCCAUUUGAGGCAUUUGACAGAUUAUUCUUAAGUUUUUAGUUUUAUACUUAUUAUACUUAUUAAAUAGUAUAAUAUAUAAUGUAAUUAUUUUAAUUAAAUUCGAAUUUGGGAUUCUUGAAAUGAUAGAUUUAGGAUCGCGUUUCUUUUUUUUUUAUAAGUAUGGGUUAUUUGUAAUGAUAGCGUAUAAAAAAAAGUAAAAUACGUAUUUAAUUUAACUAAGAUUUUUUUUUAGUAUAAGUACAAUUUUUAUUAGUUUUUUAAAAAAAAAAAAUUUUAGAUAAAACAAUUACAUAAGUAAGCGUUCAUGAUAUUACACAUUUCAUUCUAUAUAUAAUAUAUUUAUAUGUACUUACCUUAAAAUUGUCUAACAGUGUGAAUUAAAAUAUGAAAAAAUAAUUUUUACUAUAAUUAUAUAAUAAGGUUAUGUAUUCGUAAAUAGAAAAAAUAAACCAUAAAAACGUAGUUUAAUUAUUAAAAGUAUUGUGCUCGAUGUGUGCAUAAACUUAAAACGACUGAAUAUUUUUAAGUUACAUUACUAAUAAAGAAACAGUUGUACCUAUAAAGUUAUUGAUAUUUAUAGUUAUGUAACCUUUCGAUAAAAUCAUUUGUGAAUAAUAGGCACAAAGUUCAAUCAGUAAAUACUAAAUACCUAUAUUUUAAUUUAAUUAAUAAUAAUAAAAAAUUGUUUUCUGAGUGCCACCAAAUUAUACCUGAUUUAUGUAUUAGAUUUUAUAAAUCAUAAUAUUGAUAUGGUAUUAUAAACCUACACAUAAAAUGAUUAUUAUUUUAUUACAUAAGCCUUAUAAAUAAUAAUGAUGUACUGUUACAUAAUAAUACCAAAAAAUAUCGAUAGGUUGUAUACUUUUAUAUACUUUUAAAAUUUAAUCGUUCUCAUACCAAUUUCGUAUAUCUUAUAUGACAAUUAUAACUACCUAUGAGAUAUUUAUAUAAAUUAUUGUAAAAUACAUGUUAAUGAGCACGAAUUGCAAUACAGGACGUAAUACGUAACACGAAGAUUUAAUUUUUAAAUUAUUAUCAUUUAAAAACUAAUAUUCAAAAAAUGUGGGGAGGACUUCGGUCGACCGAAUUCUACUAUCAUUUAUCAUAAUAUUUAAUGUAAUUUUAUAUUCUUAUUGUAAUAACUCAUUGAGUGAUGAAUGAUGAUAAUAUUAUACUUAAUAUUUUACUAAUAGAUUUCGUACAUUUUCCUGUUUUUCUUCCGUUUUUUCGGUUUUUCAAAUUUGAUGAGAAAUCUUCUGAGAAAAUCGAAAAAUGACAUUCCUAAAGUACCUCCCCAGUCUGAUUUCCUUUCAAAAAAAAUUUUAUCAUUGUAAACUAGAGCAAGAUUUCUGACAGAAAAGUUGCGCAUAGAUAAAAAAUAAAAAAAUAAAUAUCUUUGUAAAACCAUAAGCUUUUUUGUUCCACUCAGAAUCUAAAAGAGUCACUGUUCGAGCGAAUCGAAAAAAAUUUGUUUGGACCCUACCUUUAGAUCUCCAUAUAUCUCUGUAUACAUGAAUAAAGCGUACACCUACGGUUUAUUUUAGCAAUACAUCACUGGGCAUAAGUUAAUUUUAUCUAAUGUCAACUUCCCUCUUUAUUUUUAGGUCUAAAUUGCAUACAUAAAAUUGUAUUUAUUUAUUUACAAUUAUACAAAAUUAACUUAAAUCUUUUUCCCUGGAACCAAAAAUGUAUUAAUUAAUUAAUUUCAUGAACCAUAAUCAAAUAAAUCAUAUAAUUCAUAAAUCAAAUAAGUUUCAAAUUAUUUUCAUGUUUUUAAGAAUGUAAUAUUUUAAAAAAUACUAAUACCCAUAUAAAAUAUUACAAUCGAUAAUUUUAAAGCAUUCAUCUGUUAAAAAACAAAAAAAAAUAAUAUUAAUUAAACACUUAUAUUUUCUUACAACAGAUGUUCACUAAUCACUAAUAAGAAUAUAAUAAACAGAUGAUUUUGCCAAUGUUUUAUAAUAUUUAUAUCAAAACUAUAUUGCCAAUUAAUUUAAAAUUGUUAAGAAACUAUAGCCAGUACAGGUAUACGAGUGUACAAAUACAUGAUGCCAAUAAUUAAAAAAAAAAAAAAAUCUUGUGUAUUAAAUUUAUAUACCUAGUUGUAUUGAGACGAGACAACAGAAAAAAGUAUGUCGUUUUAUAAUAAUGUGCGCUAAAUACGAGUAUAAAAGUCACUACUUCAAUAUCGUACCCACAAUGAUCGCUAUAUUGCAUCUUGUUACAUAAUAUUGUAUUGCAUAACAAUAUUAUUUUACUUGUAUAUUUUCCUGUAAAUUAACAUGCAUAUUGAAAAAUAUUUGCAAUAGAUGCCUACAGUCAUAAGCAUAACAUUGCACUAUAUGUCUAUAUUAUAAUAAUGCCACUUGCAAUGAAAACUAUAUAUAUACAAUAUAUUAUACAUUAUUAUACACAAUAUUAUUUACAGAGUGUCCUAUGACUAUAUACCUACCCAUUGCGAUAUCUUGGAAAGUAUUAAAUUUUUUGGGAAUUUUUUUUUCAAUUUAAGAAACAAAAAGCUCAUUAAUGUUAUACUAACAUUAUUUCUACUUGUCUUUAUUUUGGAGGUUGAACGAAUAGCUACUUUUGAUUUUCAAUUGGCAUUCUAUAUUAAAAAUUAAAGGAUAUAUGGAAUAUAUUAAAAUAUUUGAUGGCGGCACCAGUGGUAUGAUAAAAUAAUAUAAUAUAUAGUAAUACAUAUUUAUUAUUUUUUUUAACUUUAUAAUUCAACGUCCGGAGAGCAAUUUAAUAAGAAUGUAUAAUGAUAAUAAAAAACAAUACAGUGAACAUAAAAUUUAAGUAUUCCGAAAUGGGUGUUAAAACACAAAAACACAAAUUAAAAUUAAAGUUGAAUAGUAUUGGCAAGGUGCAUAAUACGGUGGAGUGGGUGGUUUUAAUAUAGGAAGUGGAAUGGAUCGGAAGUGUUAUAAGAUGUCCGGUGUAGGCACGUAGAAAGAGAUGCUGUAUAGAAGAUCAGUCCAUGAUGUCGUAUUCGAAGAAAAAAAAACAAUGGUCGAUUUCGGUAAGACGUAAGGAAUGAGUAGGAAUGUUAAAAGUCUCGGGGGGAAGGAGGAGGGUAGUAAUCAUGUAUGUGGGAGGUGAGCGAUGUUUAUAGAAUAGCUAUGUGAUAAGUAAGAAUGAAACUUAUUUUAGAUGCGCUCUAUUCUAAAUUUAAAAUUUUACUAUAAUAAAUAACUUUUGUAAAAUAGAUUUUUGUUUGGAUAUGGUCUUUUAUUUUUUUACAAUUUUUUGAAGUUUUCGCAAAUGUUCGUAAAUAUUAUUAUGGCUUAUUAUAUAUUAUAAUAUUAUUUAAUUAGUGUAGUCAGAGUACAUCAAAUAACAAGGAUUUUGUUUCCAUGAGUUAAUGGACUCAUGACUAUGGAUUAAAUACCUACUAUAAUAGAUUUUAAAUUUACAAAGAACAUAAAACACCAUGCCUAAAAAAAAGACGACCAAAUAUGUUUUAAAAAUCUAUUUUAUAAAAUGACUAUAAUUUUUUUUUUUACCUAUAGUAAAAUUUUAAAUUUUUUAUUUUAAUUUACUCUGCCUUAAAAGUUAAUAUAAUAACUGUACCACAAAGGCAUACUAAUUGUUUAAAAAAAUAUACAUAUUAAAAAUAAUGAAUAGAACAAAAAUUAUUUCAUUUGUCAGAUCAUCAUGCCCAUCGUGGGACAUUCUGUAUAUAAAAAUAAUUAGUAGUACCUAAUCAAUAAUACGAGUAAUGAAUAGGUUAAUGUUUAUAUUCCAUUUAGAAUAUUAUAUAGAUUGUAUAAUUAAAUAAUUUAAAAGCUACAGUUAUAAGCUUAGUUUUAAUUUAUGGGUGUGGCGGAGUGGGGCUCUUAAAAUUAUUAAUAUACAAAUAGUACGGAACGACUAUAGCCUAUAGGGGGUCGAGAACCUUUUUGUGUAAAUGAACCAUUUUUUAUUUUUAAAAUUAAUAAGAUAAAAAAAACAUUCUAUAGUACAAAAAACAAUUAUAAACAAAAAAAUUAUAUAAUAAUAGGUACAUAAAAUAAUAAUAGUAUUAUAAUAUAAUAUAUAAAUAAAAAUAAUAAAGUUUACUAAGCAAUUUCAUUGGGAUUGAUAGCCAUUAAAAACAGAAUAAUAAUAAUACGUCUUAAAUAUAGAAAAACUAUUUCACUAAUACAUUAUUAUUAUUAUUGUUAAUAUCGAAUUUUCAUUUAUAUUUUAUGAGUCUAGAUCUAGAAUGUCUAGGUAUUGAUACAUUUUCCAAAGAGCUACAGAUUUUAUGUUAAGGAACCACAGGUUCCUGACCCCUGGCCUAUAGAUAUACGUACCAAUAUAAAAUUAUACCGCUGUCAACUAUCUAUACUAAUACCAUAGAUUAUGUAUAUUUAAUCUAUAUGCUAAUACUCAUCUGCCUAAUAUAACAAAAAUCCGAUAUAGGUAGUAAAAACAAAUAACAUUACUAACCAAUCAUUUUUUUUUUUUUAACAGUAACACUGUAGGUAGGUAUUUAGUAUUUUUUAAGUCUUCUAGUCGUUUUAUAUACAACUAAGUUCCAAUUUAUAAAGAAAACGGAAAUUCUUUUUUCCCGAAAAAUUAAAGUUUAAGUGCAUGUAUAAAAUAUAAAUUGUCAUGUUUAAUAUAGUGAAUAAACUGAGUAUUGAUUAUUAUUUACUGAUUGGCCAAAAUGUUUUACUUUUCAAUAAUGAAGUUUCGUGUAUGAUUUUAUUUGUAAAAAUGUUGGACUGAUAACAUGUAUAGAUUAUAACUUAUGAGAAAAACUUUACUUGAUUGAUUGCAUGCAUUUUUAAAUUCCAUGUAAAUGUGUAUUAAGAAAAUAUUAAUUGUAUAACGAUUUUUUUUAGAUUCCGAGCAUAGCUAUUGGUUUUACAAUGCUGUUUAUUUCUUCUUUUUUUUCUUUCUUUGUUCUAGUCUGUGGGCACGUUUUUUCCUAGAAAACUUACUCCGGUUUUUACGUGUAGCAAUUUUUUUGAAAGCUCAAGUAGUCUAGAUUGUACUUUAAACAGGUCAUUUGAUUUUCGAUGCCAUUUUUUAAAUAAAAACACUUAAGUGGGAAAAAACGUAGGAAAACGUACAAUAUCACGAUUUCAUUAUUUUAUAAAAACACGGAUGACAUUUUCCACCAGGAAAAAUGAUUUAAUCGAAAAAUUACAAAAUAUCUUUUUUGUUGCCUUUUUAAUUUACUUUUUUUACGGUAUUAUCAUUAAAACUUUUGAGUCACUUUUGAUCUUUUAAGGAAUAUUAAUUUUUGGGCAUUUUUUGUUGUAAUUCGGUUAUAAAUACACGCAGAGACCUGAAACUUGGUAAUAAUUCUUAUAUUAGAUUUACCUAGACAUGGUAAAAUGUUUAAAACCAUCAAACAAUUUUUUUUUUUUUUUUUAAUAAGCGUUUUGAAAUCAAAUUUAAAUGAAAAUCGCAAAAUAAUUUACGGCACUUCAAAUUAUGUAUUACCUAACUGCGUUCGGAAUAGUCUUUCGACAUGCAAUGGUUUUCAUUGCUUACAGAUAUAAAUGAAAUAACCUUCUGUAUCUUACCUUCCCAACUUUUCACCUACAAUAGUGGCUGCCAGUGGCGUAUCCAGAAUUUUUUUGGGUAGUGUUAAAAAAAAUAUAACAAAUGAAAUUGUUAUGAAUUUUGUGUGUAUUUUAAUCAUACAUUAAACAUUUAAUUACUAUUUUACAGCUCAAGUUUUAUAAAAGUUGAAAUAUUUCUAUUUUUUAAAAAUUAUAAAUGCAUAAUCAUUUUUUGUUUUGAUAUUUAGUAAGUUAAUCUAUAACAUUAUUGUUAUCUACGUUGAUAUCACGAUGAAUAUAUUUUAGUAAGGCUAAACCAUUUAAACAUAUUUGUCCCGAAGAAUUUCUCAAAUAUGUUUUUAAACGACGGAGUGUUGAAAACGAUCGUUCUCCCAUGGAAGUAGACAUUGGAAAUGUUAUGAAUAUUUGACGAAGUUUAGAUAUUACUGGAUAAACAUCUAUACUAGUUUGGUAGUAUAAUUCAAUAAUAUUUUUGUUCUUGAGUUCGGAAGAUGUUAAAUUUGAAUAUUUAGUGUACCACAAAACUUAUUUUCUAUUUAAUAUAUAAUCAUUUAAAUUUGAAUCGUUAACUUCAUCAAUUAUAUCUUGAUAUAUUUCUACUAAUUGUUUAAAUUUACUUUUAAUAUCUUCAGAUAUUUUCAUUUCUAUUUUAGGUAAAAUAAAAUCAAAAUUAUACAAAACAAUCAUGUGCGAUAUAAAUCUUUCGUUCAAUUGGUUUAAAAAAUUAUUUAUAAAAGGUAAAAAUACUUAAAAAAGUAUUCUGGAUCAUCUGAUUUAGAUUAACGUAGCAAAUUAAUAGUAAUAUAUCAAUUUUCCCAGAUAGUCAUUACGGAUAAAAAAAAUUGUUGAAACUUCACAUCACAAUUUUCUCUAAUAUUCUGAAUAUUAUUUUGAACAUUAGCAAUUUCUAAUGCAGUUUUUAAAUCAACAUUUACUGUUUGAUGUUAUUGGUUAAGUGGAAAAUUUAUGGAAAGUAUUUUCACUAAAAUAAAUAAAGCUAUUUAAAAUUUUAACUGUUUUAUCGCAGUAAGAAGAUUACUUACAGAACUAGAAGUGUUAGAAUCUGUCCAAAGUGUAAUUUUAUCUAGUAAUUUUAUCAUGGUUGGUUGAAGUUCUUUAAAUAAUAUAACUGCAUCAUGGUGAUCAACCCAUCGAGUUACAUAUAGAUUUUUUAGUUUAAAACGAUUAGUCUGUGGAUAUACUUUUUCUAUUGAAAAUUCCAAAACACUUUGUCUUUUUGAACAACCGAAAGUGAUAACCCAUAACCAUAGAUCUACCUAUUAUUAUAAUAUACACACUACACUGGACUGGACUUGUAUAUUAUUAAUUUGUGUUAUUUGUGUAAACUGUUAAGUGUUAUAACACUUAAUUCUUUUUUCAAACUAUAUAUUAAUAUUUUUUUUUUAUUUUGAAGACAUUUCAGUGAGGGUUACAACCCCCUCCCUAUAUACGUUACUGGUGGCCGCUCCUAUCCCCAGUACCAGCUCUUUAAAAAAAUUUUGAAAAUUUUUUAAAUCAAAAUCAAAUUUUUAACAUAGGUUACAAUUUGAAAAAACAAAGUUGGUAUUGUAAAAGAUACUUCUUAAAUGUUGUGAAAAAUCGAAUUAUUCAAAAAUAUCGGCUUAAACUACACUUAAAAAUUACAUAAAUCAGAAUUUGAAUAAAUUCAAAAAUUUAACAAAAAAAAUGGGAUGAAAACACUUUAUGAAUCACUGUGUAUAUUUAAAUAAAUAAUUUAUAAUGAAUUUUCAUUGUAACUAAAUAUUAUUUUAUAAUAUUAUUAUAAUAUUUGAUCAUAUUAAUUCAAAAUGCAACAUGCGACUAUGUAAUUAUUAAAUGUAGGGUUAUAUAAUAUUAUUAUUUGUAGUUAUUAAAAAUGAUUUACUAAUUUUGAUGGUUCGCUAAAGAAUUUAUUAAUAUUAUGUUUUCGAUAUUAAAAUAUUUGAACUCAAUGUUUUUUCGUAUCGUUUUAUAUGUUUAGGUAUCUAUAGUAUAAAAAUAAAAUGAUCGGUACCAGGGUAUUAUGCAGAUUAUAGGUACGUCUAUUUACUUAGUAUGAUAAUUCAUAAAAUAUUGAAUAUUACUUAGGUAGGUACAUCAUAUAAUAUAAUGGUGUACAAAGGUGUGUCAUGAUAUGAUAUAUGUAAAGAUAAUUUUUGCAACAGAUUUUUGUAUGUAUUCACUUAUAAAUUAUAUCUAUAGGUAUUAGGCACCACUUAUAUACACAGAACGUUUUAUAUGCGUACAAGAGCCUAUGUAUAGAAAGUUUAUCUUUUUUUUUAAGCCGAAAAUUAUAUACUUUUAGGUAUUUUACUAGUAUAUAACGUUUGAAUUACUUAUAUAGUUCUAUAACUUUUAUGUAAACUGCAGUUACUACAAAAAUCGUUAAUGACCUAAACCUGUAAAAUAAUAUAAUAAUAAAUCUAUUUAUUAGAUAAUAUACCUAUAGGUAUAUAAUUGUUUAACCCUUACGCCUAUAUUAUGAUAUCAUAUGCUUUAUUUGUUUAAUGUCAUUAUUGACUGGGUAUUGGUAAUUUAUAGCAAUAACAACAUGUACACCGAAUACUGUACGAUACCUAAUCGUUAAUAUUUAUUUACCCAUGACUUUUACGAUAUUAUUAUGAAUACCGAGCUAAUUUAUUUAUACUUAAAACAAAUAACUGCAUAUUACAUGAAAUGUACUUAUAUGUAUUUUUAAGCAAAGUACGAAUUCCUGAACCUACAUUAGUACAUUACUGAUACACACUUUUUUAAAUUUAUAUGUCUCUCCCGUUAAAUUUUUCUUAACAUACGCCGUAAAUUCCAACUAAAUUUUAAUGUAGGUAUGUUGUAAAUGUAUAUUUAUCUUGUAGGCGUAGUUAGUUUAAAAAUAUAAUUAUUUAAUAUCCUUUAUUAAGUUUAUUACCUUGUUUUUGUUUUCGCUGCAGAUUUAGUUUAAUUAAUUUGUUUCUAGUAUAGUCGGUAACCGUUAGUUGUUAUGUGGAUAAAAUGUAUAUUAAUGUGUUCAUCAGUUUUCAUUCUCCAAUGUGGUAUUUAUGGAUUCUAUUAGUAAAGUUUUUGUGUAAGUUUCCUUGUAUAAAAUAGGGAGUAGGGAUAACACAUCUGCAUUCAGAUUCCUUCCAGCGAGUGCAGCAGGCGGCUAGUGAGAAUCCGUCUCCAGUAAACAUACUUAUUACUCAUAUAGUAUAAUAUUAUACGUUAUAUUUUAAACACACUUUCGCUAUAGUGCCAUGUAAUAUAUUUUUUUUAAAUGUCUUCCCUUUUUUUUUGGAAUAAUAAGUUAUGCCAAACACAGAAUAGAAAUGAAAUAAUUUAUCUUUUUAAUACAUAGAUAAUUAAUCUUUUUUUUUAACUUGAACUUGUUUAUUUGGCACUUGGUCAUAUUAUUCAAGUUGUUGGAAUAUUGUAUCGUUGUCUACGUAGUAUACAGGAAGGUAAUGACAUGACUACAUGAGUGAUGAACACUAUUAUGAAACUAUACUGCCGUUCGUCCGCAUUUGUAUAGUUUGUUGAAAUAAUAAAAACUGAAUAUAUAUAAGAAAUAAAAAUAAACAAACAAGUCAGCAACGACUCGAAUAAUAUUCAAACGUACCACGUACGUAUGUGCAGUGUGCACUGUGCAGUCAAUAGUAUCCAUUAAAACGCGGGCCAAAUGUUAAGACGUAUUUGAAUAUUUUGUAUGUGACGUUACGGAACACACAACUUCAGUCACUUGCCAACGCGAUAGUAUAUUAUCAUCUCUGAUCCAAAAUAUAGUAUUAUUAUAUAUCUGAAAAUCGUGUUGUUGAAACAUUGCACUAUUCACUAUUCAGUAUCUUCAAUACGUAUCUUUGAUACAAUUAUAUCUUGCAUCUUAUAUCACGGUACAGUUUUGGAAUUAUAUAGAGUAUCUUUUAUUGCGAUAGUGACAUCAAUGUACCUAUCUAUAGAAUCUAUAGUCAAUAGUUUUCAAAUUGGGUGCUGCGAUCAUUCACUAAGUGUGCCGCGGUCUUUUAAAAUAUGUUUCUAUAAAUUGUGACGGACCACUGGUUGUCGUAAAUCUUUUGAUUAUGAUUUAGUUGAAUAUGAUGCAGCAAUUUUGUCUUAGUUCUAAUUUUGUGUUAAAACAUAGACAAUGAUCAAAAAAAAAGUCACAGUGUGUCAGUGUACCGUGAAAAUGUUAUAAAGAGCGAAAUGUGAAAACCUCCAAUCGCCCUUGGGGAUCGAGUCUUUGCAGGAUUUGCAUACAUACGAGUAUAUUAUUUUAUGAAAUUGACACGCAGAAGUAUUUUGCUAUUAGAAACUCAACUGCGUACGGUAUUACAUAACGUCUUGUGCUCGUAUUCCGCAUUCUUAAUAUUAUUUCUAUCAAAAUGAUACUAUUAUUAUGCCUAGAUAAGUAAAAUGCAAAAGAGAUAUCUAAGUAACAAUAGUUACUCGAGCCAAUCAAAUUGCACAACAGAGUAUCGUUACAAACGUUACAGUAUAUACUAUUACUAUUUACUAUAGCACUAAUAUCAGAGCCCAGAUAUCAAUGCAAACUGCAUUUUUUAUUUCGUAUGCACUAUAGGAUUACUCAGUAUUCUGAGCAAGUAUGUUGUAUGAUGUAUUCAUUUAGAUUCGUGUAAUAGAUAUUUCAAAAAUGAAACUUUUAGGUUCUGAAUGCAGCGAGAAAUAUUGUAUUGGUUCUUCUAUGAUAUGUGCUUUUUUAAUUUUAAUUUUAAUUUUUUUCUAUGUUUGCAAACUGCUUUUAAACCGAAAAUCUUACUCCAAUCAUAAAACGAUAAUAAAGAUUUUUAAUAACAUUUUAGAUAUAGUAUGUAUAUUGAAAAUGAAGAUAGAAUAAAUGAUUACAUUUUCGUGAGUAGAAGGUUCAUUAUUUUUUCUGAAAGAAAAUAUUCUCUAGUUAAUACGCAAAAUGUUUGUUUAUUAAUUGUCCGUCAUAAUUGUCUAAUAAUUGGGGUAAAACGUAGAAAAAACGGAAAAGUUUACGGCAUUUUGUUUUUUUGUAUUUGGUUUUCACAAAAUACUUAUAUAAUAGUCUUUUGUAGAAGUUAUUUAUAGGCAUUUUACGUUUCAAGUUUUUUUUUAGUUUUUAUUUGGUUUUAUGUGGAUUAAAUUAUUUUGGCUAUACUUGAAAAUUUUACACGAGGUUCAUCAUAGGUUGUACUUAGUGUUAAAAAAAUAAUUUUAACUUAAUUUAGUCAAUUUUUAUAAACGUUUUAAGUUCAAAUUUAGACGAAAAUCGUGAAAAUUAUAGUAUUUCAAAACAUGUAUACAACCAAACUUUGUUCAAAAUCAUAAAACGUUAGCAAUCAUUUAUCAUUGCAUAUUCUAAAGAUAUUAAAAUAACUAUAAAUUCUACUUUCUCAAAUUACAAGUGACUAGUCUAUAUUUUUUUUCACUAUUUACCAUUUUAACCAGUGGUAGCGAAAACAAGUCAAUGGGAUUUUCAGCUUUUUUCUUUGCAAUUCAGUGAAAUAUGUUAUAAAGUUAUUAUUUUUAAUAGAUAAGUACUUGAUUUUAGAUUACAUUUUAUUGAAAUAAUAUCGGUGUUUGGAUGAGGUGGUCCAGAGGAUCUGCCCUUCCCCCUUUACUAAAAGGAAUGUAAUUCCAUACAAGAAUGCCAGCAAACCUUGCCGGUAUAAUAGGCAAAUCAUACACCUAGAAUAACCAUACCCCCGGGUACGAUUAUGCUAGAAUUAUCAUACCCCCUCGUAUCAUAAUUCUAAUAUUUAAAUGCCCCCUCCCCCCAUUUACAAUACCUUACAGGGAAUUAUGAAAUUCCUGGAGUAUUUAAACACCAUAACUCGGUAGUUUUUCAAUGUACUUGUGCGGGAUCUUCACUAAUACACAUUCCGGGUGAUCCAUUUAAGUGAGUAUACUCAUUAAAAAAAAAAAUCGAUUAUUCUUAAAUUAUUUUAUAUUGAUCGAUUAAUCUGCAAUUUAUUGAUCACAAUGAUUAAUCUAUUUUUUAAAAUCGAUUAAUUUGUAAACAAUUACCUACCUCAAUAUACCGGAUGAUUCAUUUAAGUUGAUGCACUCAUUAUAUCCGAAAGCAUUAACUUUUUUCCGGAAUUUAUUUUCUAAAAAAUUUAAAAUCAAGCAGCUAUACAAUUUUAUAUUUAUUUUAUUUUUUGUCAUCCUUAUUUUAGGGAGUAAAACAACUACCUACUUUUGAUUUUCAAAUAGCAAUCUAUAUUAAAAAUUCCAUAAGUAAAUGAAUUAUAAGUUAAAUAAAUUAUAGUGUUGAAAUUUUUGAUUUCUGUCGAUCCGUUGACGAGUUAUUCUACUUUUAAGUUUGGAUUUUGGAUUGGAGGAAAGUAGUGGAGAAUGCACAGCCAACCCAUACACAAAUUACAAAAGUGGUCUUUAAAAUAAUCUCCUACAAAUUAAAUACAUUUUAAUUAUAUACAUAUUUUAUCCUAACAAUGUUGUCUUAUUUGUUUAUAACUAGAUACGAAAAAAAAUAACUCGAUGGUCAUAUUUUCUUUUUGUUUGUUUCGAUAACUAUAUAAUAAAAAGGGUAAUAUUAUUAUUUUCGGCGAUGUAGGUUAAUGCAGUAACUAUAGUUGCCUAUAAUAAAAAAAAAAUGUCAACAACUAUGGGACACUGACUAAUAUACUAUAAUACUUAUCUACCUAAUCUACGCAUAAUAUAAAAUAAUAGACAAAAUAAAAAAAAGCACAAAAAGUAGUGUGAAUAAUAUAUAAAUGUAGAUUAUCGAUGAUAUCGAAUUAAUUGAUAGAUAGCCAUAGGUUAAGUAAUUUAUCAAUUUAUCAUUAUUUAUAAUUUGUAUUUUUUUUAUCAAAUAUCUAUGUUAUAUAAAUGUAAUAUAUUUGUAUUAAUUGAAGGGGUCAAUAACUAAUUUGCUGUUAGGUACACAGUUAAAUUGAUAAAAUAUGCUUACAUACAUUACAUCAAUUACCUAUAGCCUCUGACCUCAGGGUUAAUUAAUCCAGUUUAAGGUUUUUAUAGUAUGCCGGUAUGCGUAUAGAUACUUUAAAAAUAGGACAUAAUGUACAAAAUUAUAUUUUAUAUUAAAAAUAUAUUUUAACACACAGAAAAAGUAAUUUUUUUUUUAGAACCCUCUCAUUAUUUAAUUCCUAGAUCUACUGCAUACAACACAUACUUCAUAAAAAGUGGAGUCAAAAUUUCCGUCAAUAGAAUUUAAUUUUCUCCGAGUUGACUUGCCGUUACAAUAUUUAAUUUUAAGGUGCAGAGGGAAGCAAAAGAUCUAUUUCUUUUAUUAUGUUUUUAAUUAAAUAUUUUCAACUUAUAAGAACUUUUUGAACAGAAAACUUAUUGCAAUCAAAAAAUAACAAAAAACCAUUUUGUUGCAUUGUGUACCUAGUUGGUGCAUUAGUCAGAGAGAACAUAUUUUUGCUUUUCAAGGGUUUUUUAAAACAAUUUAAAAAAAUCGGAAAAAGACGUUAAAUGAACAGACAUAAGCUGACAAAUUUAUAGUAUUACGAUUUUAUUAUUUUAAAAUUUUAAGCUUUAAGUUUCUACCAGAAAUAUUGCUCCAAUAGAAAAUUACCAAGAGAUCUAUUUUGUUUAAUUUUUAAUUUAGUUAGGCGUUUUUAAUUUAACUCGAGGUUCAUUAUAAGUUGUACUUAGGGCCAUUCUUACAAUUUCCGGUUAAGUGGCGGUAAAAGUAUCGGUUACCUAACUGUAACGUCAUCGAUUAAGUGCCGGUUACGGUGAUUUAUUCUUACAACCUUCAAUUAACGAUCUUAUAACUAACCGGCAGUUUUACCGACAGUGAUUCUCAAAACAACCGCCCAAGAUCAAAUUGUAUUGUUCUACGCAUGCGCAGUUCUUGAGUUUUCGUUUAUUAUUGUUAUUAUCAUCUAUACAGUCAGAUAAUUCGUUAUAAAUAAUAUAAACGUUUUAAUGUAAUAUUUUUUUGUCUGUUUACAAACCAAAACUAGGUAUUAUAAUAUUCAUAUUGAUUAUUGUCAUAUUCUUCGUUACUUAUUUAACUUCCUAACUGUUAGCAUCUUAACUAUUUAAAACAUAUCAACAAAUAAUAAGAGACCACGUAGCAGUAAUUUUUCUACAACGGAAGAGUACGUUGAUUUAGUUGACUGCAAAACCAAUUGUUGUCUAAUAAUUCGAGGUACCUAGUUCUUGUGUUCUCGACAAAUUUUCUGCUUCCUAACUGCUAUAUUCAAUUCUGAAAUUUCAUUUUCGUAGUCUAGGGAAUCACUGUCAAUUAAACCACAGUUAUAUAUUGGCAUAUUGCUCUUUUCUUAAUUCUAACAAAAAAGUAAAAACAAAACAAAAAUGUAUAUACCAUACAGAUAAACUCAAGAUAAACUCAUAAAACGCAAAAUUAAUAGUACACAAGAAAUUAUUAGUAAUAAUAGUAAUCAUAAAAAGUAAUGAUAAGUGCCUAUUGAUAACACAAUCAGAGAGAUUUUAACUUACCCGGAGGAUAAUCGGCAGAAUUCCGUCGGUUAAAAAUCCGACCGUAAAACCUCCGGUAACCGGAAACUUUUUCCUUGACCGACGUAUGUAAGAAUCAACUAUCGGUAAAAUUUCAGUAUAACUGCCGGUUAGCGCUAACCUUGGUGGUAAAAUAACGAUAAGCGUAAUGUAUAUUAGUUUCUAUUUAUAAUCGAUUUAAGAUCAACCGUUAAUAAAAAUCGUAAAUGUUAAAUACGGCAUUUUAAUACAUGUAUAACUGGACUUCGCUCAGAAUCGUAUUUCAUUAGUAAUGGUUUAUUGUUAUCUACAGAUAUAAAUUAAAUACAUUUAUUAGUCCUACCUUUCUAACUUCCCUGCUAUAGGUGUGACAGGGUUUGGGAGCUGGAACCUUCUAAAGGCACAUCCUCGAUACUUACACAGUUACACCAUAUAUAUAUAUAUAUAUAGAUUAUAGGUACAACAUUUAAUCUCUUUUUCAUUUUGGGGAUAUGUAGAUUGUAGGGGCAUGCAAAGCUAAAAGACCAACCUUUUCCCGCUACAACCACAUGGUAAAGUUCAUAUUAAAAUUCAACCCACAUUUUAUUACUUCAAUCCACCGAUAAAAAUAUAUAUCAUUUUAAUUCUAUAUGAUCCUUGUGAAGUCGUUAAAAGUGUCUGAAAGUACUAAAGCACUGGACAAAAAAUAUAUAUGACACACAAUUCGAUAAAAAGAAAUAAUCGAAUAAAAAAAAGUAAACUAAUAGCCAGGGUAGGGAUUUAAUAGCAUUUACAUAUUUUUAAGAUACUUAGUAACAAAGUAAGCUGAAAAUUUGUUUUGUAACUCAAAGAAUUAAAAUUUAAAAUCUAAAUUCACAUAUUCCUGCAUAUUUGGUAAAUUUUUAGUUUUUAGUGCUAUUUUUGGACUUUGAAAUGUUUAGUGCUAUUUUACCAUUUUUAACUGUUUAUAAAUCAAAAUUGAUCAUAUUCAUAUUUUAUCUAAUAAACAAUAAUUAAUAAAACAUUACCUAUUAUUUGUAUUAUAAAUUUAAAUUUAAAUUAAUAUUAAAAUAAAUUUAUAGCCAAAAUUUGAAUAUUAUUUAGUAAUAAAAUAAUAUAAUGAAUUUUAAUAGACGUGUUUUUAGAUUACUGUCAUUCGAAUUUUCUAACUAAAUAUACAUUAAGUAAAUAGAUUACGCGGUGACGUUCAUAUGACUUCACAUACGUAAUUUUAAACUUUUGUUAUCUUUUCUGCUUAUUUUGAUGUGUUUUGGGGUUUUUUUUUUUUAUAAAACUUCAAUUAAUAUAAAUUAAUAUACAUUUAUAUUUGAAUGCGUUGCAUAGCAUAGUCUACCACAGUCAACUCGUUUAGUCGUGUUUUAGUAAAGUUUAUGGUGAAACGUGUUGUGGUAAAGCAUUUAAUAAUUUCAAUACAACAUUCAAGCUCUUUGGGAUUCAGGUCAGAGUGGUUUUAUGGAUUCAAAACUUUAAGUAACUUAUUUUGUAAGUGAUAAACUGUGAAUUGAUAAUUGAAUGAAAAAUAAGAUAUAAUUAAUGAAUAAUAAUUAUUAAGUUCGAGUUUUCUUUUUUGUAUAUGUUAUUAUUUUUACUGCAUAUAUUUAGCACUUAUUUAUCUACAUUCAAGAUCAUAUUAUAGCGGAUAUUUAUGUAAUUUUAAGUGCUAUAAAAUCCCAAUCCUGCUAAUAGCAAAUUAAAUUAAAAUAAUUUAUAUAAUGUUAUAGUGCUGAUAAGAUAGUCGGUAAACAUUAUAAUUGUAUAAAAUAAUAAUUCACUAUUUUUUAUUGAACCUAAGUAUCAUGAUGGUAUCAUAUGAUGUUCAUAGAUAUAAUAAUAAAUUCAAUAUCAUCAUUAUUAUAAUAUUAUAUUGUAUAAAAUAAUCUUGGAACUUUAGGUAACUUUUAACCUAUACCUUUAUAUUAAAAUUAUUUAAACAUAAUAAUAUGUACCUAUCGGUUUUAAUUAAAGACAAAUAUUUGAAUAAGUAUUUAUAAAAAAAAUUGUUUUUGUCCAGUCCAAGAUAGAUAGUAUAAUAUUAUACUUACGCAUUAUAAUAUUUACAUAUAUUAUAUAAUGAUACAUAAAAAUAUAUUUAAAUUGAAAUAUUACAAACGAAAAUAAAAUCAACGUGAUAUCAUAUCAAAUUAUUUAUAGGUUUUUAUUAACAAAAAAAACUAUGUACUGAGAAAGUUAGGACCUAAAAAAAAAAAAAAUUUUUCUAAAUAAUUAUCAUACUCGUAUUUAAACUAUUAUAUAUUAUAUAGGUUGACAGUUAGAUAACAAGUGUAUAAUAAAUUAAUAAUUGAAACAUUUAAUUUGUAUCUGUAUUAAUUAAAAUUCACUUACGUUUGAUGAUUUAACAUAGUGGCUCCCAAGUCAUGUACUAAAAGUGUAAAUUUGUUUUAUUUUUUAUUUUACUUCCGUUUAACACUACAUCCUACAUGUUUUCAAAUGCAUUUAUAAUAUUAUAUUGCAGUUAAUAUCCACGUACCGUGCAAUAUUAUCGACAGUACCUAAUGCACAUAUUAUUUGUAGAGACGACACGCAUCACCACGGUUAUCGGUUGUAUAAUAACGUUAAUUAGGUAAUAAACAAAAAUAACCAUUAACGUUUCAACAUAUUGGUUAAUAUCUCCUUAUUAAAAAUUACUGUUUGUAUUUUUUCGUCGUCUCUCGUUGCUGUCUCAUCUUAUUUACCGGCACGGCAGUCACAACGAGCCAUUUCUCGCUAAAACCAACGACCUCUGUUACCAUGAUGCGUUUUAUUUUUCAUUUUGUAUCUACUUACAAUAUAUACCUAAACUAACAUAACUUUGUAUGAACGGGCGUUUACAUAUAUUUGUGAAUCCGCCGACGGACGAUCCAGACAACCGUUAUUGACGAGUACGUGCAUUUUAUAUUCGUAUAACACAUGCACAGAGCUUUUACCAUGAUGUGAGGUGUAACGAUUUAUUUUGUUUUUUUUUUUUUGAAAUAUAAUAUAAUAUCCGAUAAUUUGUUAUUGGAUAAAGCUAAAACCCUGCAAAACAUAAACGAUACCUUGAUGAGAACUUAGUCUCCACAAACAUUUUGUGAUAUUUAAGUAUUAUUCUUUUCGGUGCAUCAACAAUUAUCAAGAAUAAUAAAUACCAGAAGUGUAGCAGAAAGAUUCUGUUCACCCUUUAUUUCAUUCCGUGUAUUAUGACGUAUUAUCUAUAACAAACGAUGUCAGCAGUAGAGUAGCAAUGUUAACACAGAUCUGUCACUACUGCCAAUUAACCGGAAAACAAAUAAAUAAAUAUGUGCCAAUAAUACACGCGUAUAUUAAGUAAAGCAUGUUAAUAUUUUUUAUGGUUCCUAUUAGUUCUAUAAUAAUUAAACCGUUAUGUACGAUUACGGUUUAUAUUAAAAUAACAACCUAUAACGACAUAACGGCUGGCCUGUAAUAGUGUGUGCAUGACUUUAUUGAAACUGAGAUAUUUUUCUCUUUGGUUCUCUAUUUUCAUCCGUAGGGAGUUUUUACGACCGUCAAAACUUGUCUCUAAAAAUUGAAAAAUAAUAAUUAUACUUCACUCUAGGUUGUUCUUGUACACUUUGAUACACAUUAGGAUAAAAAUUAAAUUAUUUCAUUGAUUUAGUUGUUUUCGGAUUAUCUCGGCUAUCGUUUAGUGACUUUCAUAGUGUAUUGUACCCGGCAUGAACGGUAACUCGUUACGAAUUACCUACUCAAUUUGAAAAUAUCAUCUCAAUACUCGUGUUCACUAUAUUAGGGUGGUCUUUAAUUUUGAACAGAUUUUACAGUAAAUUAUAUAAUAAUAAUUUACAUAGACAUUAAGAAGAACUACCAAAAAGUGUUAUAUUAUUUUAUGAUCAAUGAUAUUGAAUUAUUUGUAAAAAUCCACAAAACUACCCUUUUUCAUCAUUUUCAAUGCUAUUGAAGCAUGGGAAUAGGGUAAGUUAUUAUAAACAAAUUUCACACAGAUAACUUAUACAUGGUAACUAAUAAAGUAGGAGGGGGGAGGAAUUGACUAUCAAAAAUAAUAAUGUUAGAAAAUAAGUACCACCCUUAAUUAUAUAGGUAUACAUUAUGUUAUAAUAAAUCAAUAAUUAUUUUUUUAUUAUGUUCCAGUUUCACGAAACACUAAAUAUGUUAACUUACAUAGAUGUUCAUUUGAUUUAUACUCUACCGGUUAUUGCGGUGUUGGUGUUGAUAACAUGGCCGUUUAUAAGUCGAUUCGAAUUGUUCAAGAUCGCAUUUGUUUGUACGAUGGCUUUUGUUUAUACGACUCCGUGGGACAAUUACAUAAUUUUCCACGAAGCUUGGAUGUACAAUCCCGAAAAAAUUUUAGCGGUCAUUGGUUACGUGCCCAUUGA